CUCACCACCACCACUACCACUACCACUCGCAUCAGCAGCCAGCAGCAUCAGCCAUGGUCAGGCUGCGCGAGAUCAAUACAAAGGCUCAAUUCACAUUCAGCCCGCUCACCACCCAGCUCGUCACUGCAACAGCAGCAGGCUCACUCAGCACCGACCUCAGUGAUGAACCGGCCCUGGAACUCUACGACUUGGACUUGGACGCCGAUGAGUUUGUCCUGAAACCUAAAGUCAGUGUGGCUAUUCAAGAGCGUUGUUGUAGUAUAGCCUGGGGAGGUGUCAGCGCUACCUACAAAGCAGGUGUCAUUGCAGCAGCAUUGGAGACGACUGUUGACUUGUAUGACGCAGAAGCACUCGCGCAUGGCAAGACUGCACUGAUUACGCGUGGUACCGCCCAUACAGGACAGGUACGGUGCUUGGACUUUAGCAAGAUUCAAAAAAACCUCCUUGCAACGGCUGGUACAAAAGGCGAGUUCUUUGUUUGGGACGUCUCUACAAAAGAAGCACCGACAGCGUACAAGUCUACACGACUCGAUGAAAUUGUCUCGAUUGCGUGGAACAACAAGGUCGGUCAUAUCCUUGCACUCGGUGGGAAGAGCGGUGCACUUAGUGUCUGGGAUAUGCGUAAGAAAGCCGAACUCAUUCACAUCCCAACACGAUUCCCAGUCAGUGCUAUCGCCUGGCAUCCUUCAAAACCCACUAUCCUCACAACAAGCUCAGCAGAUGAUGCCAACCCCAUCAUCCAAGUCUGGGAUUUGCAAAAUGCCAAUGCACCACGACAAGUGCUGUCGGGUCAUGAGCGGGGUGUCUUGUCAAUCGCUUGGUGUGCCGCAGAUCCAGACUUGUUACUCAGUUCAGGCGCUGAUAACCGAACCCUGAUCUGGAAUCCUACCACAGGUCAAGCAGUUGUUGAACUACCUGCUGCCUCACAGUGGGUGCAUGGUGUCGCUUGGUGCACAAGACAACCUUCCAUCAUUGCCAAUGCAACACUCGAUGGAAAGCUCAAUAUCUACAGCAUUCAGGAUACCCAUACACCGGCUACUGCACCCUCCGUCAUCGAAACGCAAGCUGGUGAUGACUUUUUCGAUUCAAUCCCAAAGAACUAUCAAGCACAAACAUCAACGUUUACGCUCAAACAGACACCUGCGUGGUUGAAACGACCUGUUUCCGCUCGAUUUGGGUUUGGUGGACGACUGGCCACCGUUGUUGACAACAAGGUGGAAAUUGUCACGUAUCAAGCCUCGACGCGUGCAACUCUGACUGCAAAGGAUAUAAAAGAGACCUUGUCCACCAAAUCACCCGCAGAGCUAUGUAAAGAAUUGCAUGGACAAGCUGAAUUGGAAGAGAAGCAAGACUGGGAGGUGAUUGAGACGUUGACUGCUGAGGAUACGCGAAAAUCAUUGCUUGCACAUCUAGGCUUUGCCAAAGAAUCUGUCGAUGAGCGUCUCGCAAAAGCAACAGGUGAACAAAAGAAGUCGGAUGAUGUAUUUGGUGAGGAUACGGAUGAUGCCUUUGACAGCAUCACGCAGACCAAUGAGCCUUUCAAGCUCUUUGCAGGUGAUGAAACAGAUAAGCUCAUCACAACUGCCAUCACGAGUGGUCGAUUCGAUGCAGCUGUGGAUGUGUGUCUACGACAAGAUCGUUUGAGUGAUGCCUUUAUGCUUGCUCUAUGCGGCGAGGAAGCAGAUCGCGCAAAAGUCCAAAAAGCCUACUUUGCCAAAACACAAGUGCCCUACAAGCGUCUACUUUCGAAUGUUAUUGCUCACAACUUGACGGAUGUCAUUGAGUAUGCUGAGCUGGAAGACUGGAAGGAAUCCCUGGCUAUGGCGCUCAACUAUGCGACUCCCGCAGAACUGCCUGGCUUGUGUGGCAAGUUGGGUGGCAGGCUUGAGGAUGCUGGACAACGCAAGGACGCUAUUGUUUGCUACCUUGCUGGCUCACAACUCGAACAACUUGUCAAGAUUUGGCAAUCUGGCGCACAAAAGCGCAAAGAUGAAUUGCUUGCGUCUGGUGAGGAGAAAGCACCCUUUGACGUGCAUGUUGCGCAGCUCGGUGAACUCAUGGUCAAAGUGCAAGUCUUUAGGCGGACUGUUGGCUUCAAGGAUACACAGAGGAAAGAAGACGGCAAGUACCCGCUUGCUGGACUCUACGACCUGUAUCUUGAGUUUGCUGGCCUGUUGGCGAAUGAAGGAGAGCUAGCCUUGGCUCGUGACUACCUCGAGUACGUUCCAAGUGAUUACAAUGGCGCCGAAGCACUGAAGAAGCGUAUUACUGGGCCUACUGCUGCAGCCGCUCAGACUGGUAAACGUCAGGCACACGCACAACCGCAACGUAUGCCCUCCCAGACAUUCUCACCCUAUACAGCACAGUCCUUUCCGCCUGCACAACUGUCAUCUGCACAUCCAACUGCACCGCAGUCACAGCCGGGUGCGGCGCCUGUGAGGCCAAUGUCUGCUGCGAAACCCAGUUACAGCUCACCUUAUGCACCUGCACAACCUGCGCAAAGCCCGGCCGCAACAGCAUCAAGCCCGUAUGCACCUACCAAUGCUGUUGCUAAUGCAUAUACGCCUGCCAACGCAUAUGGGCAACCACCCACUCAAAAUGCAUAUGGCGCAUCACCUUAUGCCAACGGUCCUUAUGCAGCGCCAGGCGUUUUUACAACAAACAAUCAAAUGCCCCCACCUCGCGGUGCUCCGCCUCCUGCUGGUCCUGCAAUCCUACCUGCUGCUCAACGAAAGGAUAUUCCCAAUUGGAACGAUGCGCCUGAUUUCCCCAAACCGGCGAAUCGCGGACGUGCAACACCUGUGGUCCAUCGGCAAGUCUCACAGACCUUGCCGUACGGUUCUUCAGGUAUGGCGACACCGCCAUUGGCGGGACCAUCACCGGGUCCUGCAAGUCAUGCAGGACCACCGCCACCACCACCCAAGACGCGCUCUCCUGGACCACCAAAAGCUGCUGCGGUGAUGGGUAGUAUCGACGGUGCCGCGUCACAACCACCGGCACACAUUCAGACUUCUUUUGGUCAAUCUCCUUAUGCGCCUCCUCAGCAGCAACAGCAACAGCAGCCAUACCAAGCAGGUCCGCCGCCGUCCCAAUAUCAGCCUGGUCCAACAGCGCCCUAUCAUGCAGGCGCACCACCACCGGCACAGCAAAAACCAAGCUAUGCGCCACCGCCCAAGGCUUCGACAGGUGUUGCACCUCCACCUGCCGGGAAAAGUCCAAUCAUUAAUAGUCCCGUGUCGACACGCCCGAUUGCACUUUCACGUGAACCAUCGCAGCAAGGGUUCGCGAGUGAGCAACGUCGUCAGCAAGAGCAAGCAACAGCGACGAUGCAAUACCCUUCUGGUGACCGGACGCACAUCUCUGAGGCCGACAAGGUGAUUUAUACAUCCUUGCUGGCAGAAACGGAUCGAUUCGGUCAGUCUGCUGCACCGAAAUACCAGAAACCGCUUGCUGAAGCACUCAAGAAGCUCAAUGUGCUGUUUGACCAGCUCAACAAUGGUGUCCUAACACCGGGCACGUUGGAGCAAGUCAAGGCUUACACUGCAAGUCUAGUGGCUCGAGAUUAUGCCACUGCGUAUCGGCACCAUCUCGAAUUGACAGCAGACAAGAUGCACGAGUGCCGUGAAUGGAUCGUGGCCAUUAAGACUCUCAUUGCUAUUGGCAAGAAUACGCCAUAGACUUUUCUAUACGAUGCCUUUUUACACAUCUCGCUGCCAGCCAGCUUCUUCAU